AUGGAUCAAGAAGCUAAUAAGAUUGAAGUCCUGAUCAUCGGAGCUGGACCGGCCGGUUUAGCAACGUCUGCAUGCCUUAACCGGCUAGGCAUACCGAACGUUGUACUCGAGAGAGAAGAUUGCAGUGCCUCUCUGUGGAGGAGAAGGUCCUACGACCGUCUGAAGCUCCACCUGGCGAAGCAAUUCUGCGAGCUCCCUCACAUGGCAUUCCCCCGCCAUGCACCCACCUUCGUCCCCAAGCAAGGUUUCACCGCUUACCUUGACGAGUACGUAACCCGUUUCGGCAUAAACCCUAGGUACAACCGCCGCGUUACGUCGGCGUCUCACGAGGGAGGAUGGGGGGUGGAGGCUGACGAUGUGGCGACGGGAGGGAAGGAGGUCUACGUGGCAGAGUUUCUGGUGGUGGCGACGGGGGAGAACGGAGAGGGGGUGAUUCCGGCGAUAGAGGGGCUGAAGGAGAGCUUUGGAGGAGAGUAUAUGCACUCGAGUGACUACAAGAACGGCCAUAGAUUCGCCGGAAAAAAUGUAUUGGUCGUCGGAUGUGGAAACUCCGGCAUGGAGAUUGCUUAUGAUCUCUCCAAAUCGAAUGCGAAUGUCUCCCUCGUCGUCCGCAGUCCGGUCCACGUGUUGACGAAAUGCAUAGUGCAAAUGGCAAUGACGAUUAUGAAAUUGAAGAUCUUCCCCGUAAAACUGGUGGACACACUCUGUCUGUUCCUCGCAAAGAUGAGUAUGGGAGACACGUCGAGAUAUGGGCUUCAAAGGCCCAAAUUAGGCCCAUUUCUUCUCAAGAUGAAGACCGGAAGAUCGCCGACCAUCGACGUUGGCUGUUUGAACCUCAUCAAAUCCGGCAACAUUCGGGUUGUGCAAUCAAUCAAAAGCAUAGAAGGGAACAGAGUCAAGUUUGUAAACGGAGAGAACAAAAACAUAGACGCCAUUAUCUUCGCCACUGGUUACAAGAGCAAUGUAGCCAGAUGGCUUCAGGUAAAUAUCACAAUGUUUCCUUUGUCCUUUUCGAAACGUCAGUUCCCGGAUCAUUGGAAGGGACAGAACGGAUUGUACUGUGCUGGAUUCGCCAGACAAGGAUUGGUCGGCAUUUCAAGAGAUGCUCAGAGCAUUGCCAGAGACAUCGAUAUGUUGAUUCAACGUAGAAGCAUACUGUAG